AUGGGUAACGGAGCCAAAGCACAGCAGAAGCGCGAGCGAAAUGCAAAGGCAGCAGGCGGAGAAGCCAAAUCGCAGAAAAAGACAAACGAAGCAGCCAGGAACGUCAUGUGCAUGACUUGCCGCCAAACGUUCUUGCUCACCGUCCGCGAACCCGCGCUAAUCCAACACGCUUCUGACCGUCAUAACAAGACUCUUGCCGAAUGCUUCCCAAACCACGCCAAGUAG